UGAAUGGCAAGUAGCCACGACGGUGUCGUUCGCAAUCCCUCUAUUUGAAGACGGUCAAAACUGAUGUCGGUAAUCCGGGAUAAAAUUACUGACACUCUUCCGUUGGGCGUGUACGUGACCGAAGGCUCAAUGGAAUUUUGUGGGGGGCAAGAGAAGGGUGCGCGCCAUGAGGAUCAGCGAGAGUCCCUUACUGACAUAGCAGACUCCAGACAGAGCUCAUUCACCCCCCUGAUCGCCAAGAUGCCAGAGGAAACAAGGCUAAAGAGAGGCAUGAUGUGGAGAUCAUGGAACACGGUGACUGCAAUUCCCUACAGUGUGUUGUCAGGACCGGGAAUCCCGACAGAGCUAUCGGCAGCCUCACUAGCGGACAUCCUCAGAGCUGGCACAUUGAACAACGACGCAGACCUAGAAGCCAGAGCGCAUGCCAUGGACCUGGAUUGCUUCUACAGGGAUGACUUCCAGGAGGAGAACAUGGAGGACUGGGCUGGCGACGAGCGCACAGACCAGGACCCCGUGGGUUCCCAUGGACAUCAGGCCAGCGGCAGCACAGGAGAAUAUAAGAUCGAUGACCUCAGGAUGGGAACCAAAGUGGACCCACCCGAGACAGACCCGAAUGCCUCAAUCUCCCCGGACCUGGGAACCUCCUGAAUGGAUUAAGCUGCUCGCCCAAAUACCAUAGGGCCUCAACAUGGAGGGGCUUAGGAAUAAAGCAAAUCCUCACCC